AAGAAUGGCAGACCACGGAAGGCACGGCGGCGGCGAGCACGGCAAGCACGAGGGCGGCGGCGGGCGGGGAGAAGGCGGUAGGGGCCAUGGGCACGAAGGAGGCAGGGGUGAAGGAGGAGGCCGCGGGGGCGGCAGGGGCCACGGGGCCGCUCACGAAGGCCCUGGUGGUGGUCGGGGUGGCGGCGGCGGCCGCGGCGAGCAUGAAGGAGGUCGGGGCGGGCGGGGCGAAGGCCAUGGGCCCGCUCACCACGGCGGCCCGGGCGGUGGCCGCGGUGGCGGCGGCGGUCGAGGCGAGCAUGAAGGGGGACGGGGUGGGCGGGGUGAAGGCCACGCGCCCGCUCACGGCGGCCCUGGUGGUCGGGGUGGUGGCGGCGGUCGAGGCGAGCACGGCGGCAGGGGCGGCCACCACCACGGUGGCAGUGACUCGGACAGCGAGGGGGAUGACCCCAAGUUCCCCGGAAUGUCGACGAAGGUGAACGAGGUCGCCAGGGCCUACCGCGACAAGCACAACAUUCCCAAGGGAACACCCCUGUCCGCGGAACACAAGGAGAAGCUGAAGGGCGUGCGCAGGGAGGCCCGCAAGGCCUUCCGCGAAGCUCACCCCAAGUAAAACACACGUACGUGCGGGCCGACGGCUGAUCUGACCUGAUCUGACCUGAUCUGAUCGAAAAACCAAGAAGCAACAUCUGCGAUUUCUUGAGCAGUAUCCACGAGAGAGGUCGACGUUUGAGAGACAGCCACCUCGCUUGUUGUCGAGAGAUGGAGAUGAUCAAUUUUUCGUUUCGUUGGAACUAUCGAGUCAUGCGUUCGUCGCAUGCUAGAGGCGUAUGUUGCAGUGACGUGGGUUGAGUUUCGUCCAUCCCCGCUUGCACGACGUCACGAACUUCGAUGUUGGAUGUUGGACUUGAAGUAAACUUUUGGCAUAUCAGCAGCAGUGACACCGUGCUUGCGGUGGUGGUGGGAGGUCCUGCUGCUGCCCGAUGUUGCUCCAAGUACCCCGUGCAAUCCGCACAUGUAGCGUUGUCGGUUGCUUUCCAUAUUUGUUCUUGCACGGCGAGCUCAGCGGUAUCGACUGCGGGCUACUUCUGUUUUUUCGAAUUAGAACUACCUUUAAAGGUACAACUAUUUGCGACCACUGAUUUCGUGGUGCGAGGUGUGAGGUGAUUUGAUCCACGCCAACACUACCGUCAGCGGUAGAUAGCUUCGGAAGGCGUUGGUUUCUCCGGCUGCGUGAUAAAAAGGUAGGUUCAUCAAGAGAGAAAAUAGAAGGGUCUGUCCCUGGCUGGCAAGGUCGUGCCUGUUUAUAGAAUGCCGCGAAAAACCGUCGCUAAAACGGGCGAGGAUAACGCAACCGGGGGAAGUCUAAGUUUUUUUUUUGUUCUUACUCUAUGGGCAAUGGCCUUUGUUCUAUGUAGACCAAAUUCCGCAGGAAGAAAUACAUUGUAGGUAAAACUUGAGCGCAUCGUUGCAUCGCUUGAGGUUGGUUAAGGGUUGAGCCGGCCGCCCUGAUGGUCUGCUGUAGGGGGUACAGUAAGGUAAACGUCGAAACUCUACGCGUGUGCUUGGUGAGAAAGAGCUCAGUUCUCGGGCGUGUGUCGCCUGUCGCUUGUAUCUACAGCGUACUGUAGUCGUCUAAGACGCUUCUUCGUGAGUGUUCUUUGAGGGGAGGAUGCUGAGCCCUUUUGGAGUCACAAUUGAGAGGCACCAUGCGCCGAGGUUGAUGAUUUUGCGACUACGGAUGAGAGCCGCGAGGUCUUCGAUAAGCUGAUUGGGUCGGACACACCGACUGUACGGUGCACGACUUGAAGAGUUGCACAUUCAUACGUGAACGGACGUAUCCGACCAUG